AUGGUCGACGCCACCCCAAAGAAGAGCGGCUUCCGGGCAAUGUUCGGGAUGCGCCCCAGUACACCGAAAGAGCCAGGGAUACGGAAGAAGCUAUCUAAGAAGAGCUCACGAAUGGAACUCACAGCGAAGCCGGGAGCCGAUGAUGCAGCAGAUCGCCGACGUCAGGACUCCGGCAGCUUCUCUAGCCAAUACAGCGGAGAGCGAGCAAGACAAUAUGGGACCCUGCCAACGUAUGCAGAUGUCACAGGGUAUACUCCACCCCUCUUUCGAGAUGACCCAUACACAGCGCUUCGUUCAGAAUCCAAUGUCGUCCCCCAGUACCUGCAAUCAGAUGCCGUCUACCGUCGCAAUUCAGGAGGACUGCAACAGUCCGCCGCUCCGUUCUACCAAGCUACCACUGCCAAUUCUGCUAGAUCCGGAUCUCUGCCUCAAAUCUAUCACCCACACACCGAGAACAAGUAUCAGCAACCAGCAUCAUCAAGAUUUCCACCAUCGAAACUGAGCAAGGCCCAUCGAGCACCGGCAACAGUACGACAAAAUGAUGUCCUCGAUAAGGACACUGGCGAACGCAAGGACCUCACAGACAUGAUGCAUGCUUUCACAUACAACGAGGCGCUUGACUCGGUUGAUGAAGUGAGCCACGCGCCGGAAGAGGUCUACUACGACCCAGACAAGCCAGAUGGUACAGCCACGUUGAGUGCCGUGUCUCCAGAGAUCUGGCUGCACAUAGCAGAGUACAUAUCAGCACUGGAUGUUGCACAUCUUUCAUCGACCUGCCGCACGAUGUUUACUCGUUUGGGUCGCCAGCCCUAUAAAUUAUUGUUGGACCCCGAAAAUCGCCCGCACCGUCUCGACUUUUUGCUUGCAAUGGAUCACAAAUUGCCUCGACAUCUUUUCUGCUUCCCAUGCGCUCAGUGGCAUUUCCGAAUACAACCAGGCUUCGAGACGCUCAAACCGCACAAUGUCCUCAACCCACUCUUCGAGUGUCCGAAUUUUACUAACAAUCUUCUCCCGCCCCCAAGGAUCCGUAUCAGCGAAGGUCGCACGUUACCAUUUGCUUUUGUGCAGCUAGCAAGGCGACACUGGGCAUUUGGACCUGAGUAUGGAAUCUCCCACGAGUCCCUUGGACGCCGCUGGAAGGACCCUCACUCGCCAUGGUUGCACGAGAGCAAGUAUCAUGUUACCGACAGGGGGCACGUCCUGAUGCGCAUCAAGUCACAAUCUUAUGUCGAGGGCGGGAUGACGAUGGCGGGGAAGCGCAUGUUGAUCUUCAGCCGAGAAGACUACACACCGUAUUUCAGUGUGUGUAGCCACUGGAAGAACGGUGUUCUGACCUCGGUACCCAAGUGCGCACUCGAUCACAUUCCGGUCCCAGAAGUGAACAUGGUCAACGGGAUCAAGGACCGUCUGGCUCCCAAGAAGGCUGUCGGCAAUGUGCCUACCUGUCAGAAGUGUAGGCCCAUGCGUCGCUGCCCGGAGUGCCCCACAGAGUAUUUAUUCGAGCUCAAGAUGGUGGAAGACAGGACAGUGAAGAGCAAUGGAGCAGAGCGAUUCAAACAAGCUCUUGUCGUCACGAGGUGGAGUGAUCUCGGGCCUGGACGAAGCCCCGUUGACAGGGAGUGGGCAGCUAUCAUUGGCGAGAACGAAGAAUACGACAGCUUCCAAGAGAUUGGUAGGAGAGCGAUCAGCGGUGUUUUCGAGAGUGCAUUUACCGACACAACGCCUGGCCAGAGGGUUGUAACAAUGAACCCGCAGAAGGUCAAAGCGAACGAGAUCGCCGGCGACUGGUACUAG